CCCUCCCUCCGCUCGCCCUCCCCCAGCCCCUGCCUCCCCCCCUCCUCGCAGCAUCCGGGCCGGGGCUGCUCCCUUGGGCUGCGCGGUUGGCUGCGGUGCGGCGAGGGGGACGUGGGUCGUCCUCCCGGCUCUCCCGCUCCCCCCCCCCCCCCGUCAUUCUCCCGCUCCCCCCCCCGCUCCCACCCGUCCCCGUCGCCGGGCUCGCUGCCUCUUUGCGGUUUACUCUGCGGUUGGGUGGGGAGCGCGGUCUUGAGAGGGGCGGUUGGGAUGGGGGUGUCCGUUGGGCGGGGAGGAGAGCUGGCCACCGUGCGAAGUGAAGAGGAAGAGAGGCUUGGCGGUGAUGGAGAAGGAGGCACGCUUCUGGGACCUCCAGGACAAUUGCUCGGAUGCGAGAUCACAAUGCAGACAUCAGAGACUGGGUCGGAUACAGGUUCGACUGUGACUUUACAGACGUCUGUGGCUGGCCAGGCAGCAGUGCCCACACAGGUAGUACAGCAAGUACCAGUUCAGCAGCAGGUACAGCAAGUGCAGACUGUGCAACAGGUACAGCAUGUCUACCCAGCACAGGUUCAGUAUGUGGAGGGAAGUGACACAGUCUACACUAAUGGAGCUAUCCGAUCAACAACUUAUCCUUACACAGAAACCCAGAUGUACAGCCAAAACACUGGGGGAAAUUAUUUUGAUACUCAAGGAAGUUCUGCACAGGUGACAACAGUGGUCUCGUCUCAUAGCAUGGUGGGCACUGGAGGGAUUCAGAUGGGUGUCACAGGAGGACAACUCAUUAGCAGCUCAGGAGGGACCUAUCUGAUUGGCAAUUCAAUGGAAAAUUCUGGUCAUUCAGUGACUCAUACAACACGGGCCUCCCCAGCAACAAUUGAAAUGGCGAUUGAGACACUGCAAAAGUCUGAUGGUCUGUCCACUCACAGAAGCUCUCUUCUCAACAGCCAUCUUCAGUGGCUUUUAGACAACUAUGAAACUGCAGAAGGAGUGAGCCUUCCAAGAAGUACCCUUUACAACCAUUACUUACGACAUUGUCAGGAGCACAAGUUGGAUCCAGUCAAUGCUGCCUCCUUUGGAAAACUCAUACGGUCAAUCUUCAUGGGAUUACGGACCAGAAGACUUGGAACUAGGGGGAACUCCAAAUAUCAUUACUACGGGAUUCGUGUCAAGCCAGACUCUCCUCUUAAUCGACUACAAGAGGACAUGCAAUAUAUGGCUAUGAGACAACAGCCCAUGCAGCAGAAACAGAGGUAUAAGCCUAUGCAGAAAGUGGAUGGAGUUGCAGAUGGCUUCACAGGAAGUGGUCAACAGACAGGCACAUCUGUUGAACAAACUGUAAUUGCCCAAAGUCAACAUCAUCAACAGUUUUUAGAUGCAUCUCGAGUACUUCCAGAGUUUGGAGAAGUUGAAAUAUCUUCUCUACCUGAUGGUACUACCUUUGAGGACAUCAAAUCACUGCAGAGUCUUUAUCGAGAGCACUGUGAGGCAAUACUGGAUGUGGUAGUGAAUCUUCAGUUCAGCCUGAUAGAAAAAUUGUGGCAAACUUUCUGGCGCUAUUCACCUUCUGCUCCACCUGAUGGCACUAAUAUUACUGAACCAAGCAAUCUGAGUGAAAUAGAAAGUCGACUUCCAAAAGCAAAGCUGAUUACUCUGUGCAAGAACGAGUCUAUUCUGAAAUGGAUGUGUAACUGUGACCAUGUGAUGUACCAGGCUUUGGUGGAGAUUCUCAUUCCUGAUGUCCUUAGACCUAUUCCUAGUGCCUUGACCCAAGCCAUUCGCAAUUUUGCAAAAAGCCUUGAAGGUUGGCUUUCAAAUGCCAUGAACAAUAUUCCACAGAGGAUGAUACAAACCAAGGUUGCCGCUGUAAGUGCCUUUGCCCAGACUCUGCGAAGAUACACAUCUCUUAAUCACCUGGCUCAAGCAGCUCGUGCUGUGCUUCAAAAUACUUCUCAAAUCAACCAGAUGCUCAAUGAUCUUAACCGUGUUGAUUUUGCCAAUGUUCAGGAGCAGGCUUCCUGGGUGUGCCAGUGUGAUGACAACAUGGUUCAGAGACUAGAAACAGAUUUCAAGAUGACUCUUCAACAGCAGAGCACUCUGGAGCAGUGGGCUGCCUGGCUUGAUAAUGUAAUGAUGCAAGCGUUGAAACCAUAUGAAGGAAGACCCAGCUUUCCUAAAGCAGCACGGCAAUUUCUUUUAAAAUGGUCUUUCUACAGCUCAAUGGUGAUUCGAGAUUUAACCUUGCGCAGUGCUGCUAGCUUUGGCUCUUUUCAUCUGAUCCGGUUGCUUUACGAUGAAUACAUGUUUUACUUAGUAGAACAUCGUGUUGCUCAGGCAACAGGAGAGACACCUAUUGCAGUUAUGGGAGAGUUUGGCGAUUUAAAUGCUGUGUCCCCUGGAAAUAUGGAUAAAGAUGAGGGCAGCGAAGUAGAAAGUGAAAUAGAUGAAGAGCUGGAUGAAAAUGGAGAGCCACAAGCCAAGAGGGAGAAAACAGAGCUAAACCAGGCAUUCCAGGUUGGCUGCAUGCAGCCAGUGCUUGAGAGUGGAGUACAGCAGAACCUCCUGAACCCAAUUCAUAAUGAGCACAUUGUUUCAACUACUCAGACUAUCCGACAAUGCAGUGCUACUGGAAAUACAUAUACUGCGGUCUAAUAUGAAACCUUGCCCACUGACACACACCCCAUUACAUUAGCCCUUUGGGUUUAAUCUGAAAAAAAAAUAAAGAGAAUAAGUCUGAAGGUCGACUGUUGUCAAAUUUUAGCUGUGCUGAACAUUAUUUUAUUGGAGUUGUUAAAUGGAAUGGGUGUAUGUAUUUUGCCAGAUCUGUUUAAAUAAAAAAAGAGAUUUUUUGUAAACAGAAUCGUUUUACAUUGGCCGCUCAGUAUGAAGAGUUUUCUUAGUAUCAAAUGCAAGGAAGAUUUUUGCAAAGCUUAAUGUUAAUGUUUUUGUCGUCUUAUAAUAAUUUAAAUUUUUUCAUAGUUUUUUAAAAAUAUUUUAAUGUUAAUUAUUAGUUACGAUGAUUAUUUCAUAUAGGUAAGUUUUUAAUUAGAUGCACUUCUGUGAAAUAUCAAAAGAACUAUUUUCUUUGAUUUACACUGGAGGCAUACUUAUUUGACAGCAGAUGUAUCAAAUUUGUUAUAAAAGGUGCUUUUCAUUGGACAACAAGAAGACACUAUUUUGAUAAAAUUGUGAGCAUUCAGGGGGAAUUUUUGUAAUAAUGCUGGAGGGUUGGGAAGAUCUCGUAGUUUCUGUGAGCAAGAAGCAAGUUUAAAUGACAGAAUUUUAACAGAAUGUGGUAAUAUGUACGUCAUAAACGUACCUAAUUAUCUGACCAUCAUGUAAACAAUGCAAGCUUCCUUUAAAAUCAACAGUUCCAGAUAUUAUUUGCAUACCAGUUCCUCUGUUUUGAAGACUACUGAUUCUAUAUGUGGGGCCACUCAACAGGUGGUUUUGGCUGUUGAGUGGUACUGUAGUUAUUAGAAACUGAAGCUAAAAAAGAAGUGACUUUAUUAUUAUUAUUAUUAUUAUUAUUAUUAUUAUUAUUAUUAUUAUUAUUAUUAUUAUUAUUAUUAAUUUUAAGUGUACGUGCUACUUAUGCUGAACUGGACAUACAGGAAAACAUUCCAUUUGGAUGACUUUCUUCUAUUCCAGGUCUUUUCCUACUAGUGGUUCAAUCUGCUGCUCUUAGAAAAGAUGAUUUAUAGAAUGCAAGGAAUGUAGCAACCUGCAUCAUUUUCCUUUCAAAAAUAUUUCCUUGUUGUUAAAGUGGAUUUAAAUUUUUACAAAAAUUAGAUAAGGCAGUGUAACUGGCACACCUCACUUGUACUUAUUCCCAAUUGUGUAGAAUUUGAAUAGGUGGCUAGAUGGACCAUUGCCAUUUAAGAAUGUACAUCAGGGAUCAUUGUACCUCGGCUAUUACAUGGUGCCUUAAACAGAACUGAAGCUAAGACUUAGUACUUUUUGUUAUUCUUAACUCUUAAAUUAAUUCAACAAGGUGUGCCUGUCAUUUUCAAAUUCCCUAAGAAGUAAGGACAGGUUACAUAGCCUUCAAAAGAAUAAAAGGAUUUUUUUAUUAUUAAAUGAUUUUAAUAUCCCUCUUAGAAUGACAAUAAACCUAUUUUUUCUGAUUUCUAGCUGGAUUUCACUUUAUUACAAAUAAAAUUUGCUUGGGAAUUUGGAAAGCAAAACUAGCUUUAAUACCAACUUCAAAUGUCAAAAUAGAUUGACCAUAGUCCCAAGCAUGAUUAUAUAUUUUCUAAAACCUUGCCUACUUUUAAUUUUAAAAAUUAAAAAGAAAUAAAUGAGCAGGUACAUAAUGCAGUGCAUGUUUUCAAUUUCUAUAUUUUGUGGGGUAUCAGCCAGAUAUUACAUUUUAAUCAUUAAAUAGUGACAGUUUAUAGAGAACAUAUUAAUUGACAUUAAACAACUCAAAUUUUUCUUCUUAAACAUUUCAUUAUGCAGACACAUGAAUUUGCUACACUAAAAUUGUGGAAAUAAAUAAGCCAAAAAGUGAAGGAGAGCACAAAAAUAUCAACCUUACAGAAAAGACUGUGUAAGAAAAUUAGGGAUUAUUUUAUUUUGGUUUAUAUAGUGUGUCUGAAAAUGACUUUAAAGUCAUAUAUACCAAAUGGGAGAAGAGCAUGUAAAAUGAACAGCGUAUUUAUAGCAAAGAAGUUUGUUGCUAGAGUUUACAUACGCUCCAAAUACAGCUGCACAUCAACUAAAAUGUCCUAACAUUAUUGGUGUACAAAAUUAAAUUCUAAUUCCUUUGCAGAAUUGGGAGGUGAACCCAUCCGGCUCAUUCUAUGUAGUCAUAAUUCCUACUAAUGUCAGUAGAUGGCUUUUGCCUCAGUAAAAAGUGGAAGUGAGGUUUAUAUUCAUUAUUUCUACACUCAUAAAUGCACUGAAUCUCAUUAUAGAUUUUGUUCUCACAUAUAUCGCUCAGUGUGUCCUGAUUUUCCCUUGGAAAUCAGGACAUCUGUACCCUUCACCAAAAAUGCUAAAACUAAGCUGUGAUAAAUAUUUACUCCCCUUCAUUGUGCAUUAUAAGAUGUUUACAAGUAAAAUAAAGCGAAAUAAUUCAACUUUUUUUUCAUUUUCAGCUUUUUUUAAUACUGUAAUACUUGUUUCAAUUUUUGUGUUGAUGGACCUAUAAUGUUUUCUUAUUAUUGUCUUUUCUUGGUUUAAUGUUGGAUUUGUUGUUGCUGAGAAAAGAGUAUGAUUGUAAUAGGUAAAUCUAGAUUGCUAAAAAAGGUGGGACCUGAGUAUCUUUCAUUAUUUAGCUCCCCCCUCCACUCAGUUGUUCAGUGUUCACAAAGUGCAAAACAAAACUGAACAAAAAUCUGAAUACAAAAAUGGAAUGUAUUUCAUAGCUUCUAAAAACAAUGAGUUAUCAAAACAAAUUGGAACUAUCCCAGGUUCAGAAAACUGAAUGGAGUCUGUAUUCCUAUGCUUAAAUUCUAAAGAUUUUACCAGAGUUUUUUAGAACUAUGUUACUGUAAGCUGCGUUGUAUACUUACAGAUUUAGGGGGUCUUCUGUUUUAUUUUUACAUUUACUAAAAUUUUAAUCAAACACUUAGAUAAAACAUUUUGCACACUCUUGCUAUUUAAUAGUUGGGGUUUAGUAAUCAUUAAACUACAGAGAUACGAAUACCUCAGUCCAUAUUCUGUAAUGUGUAGCAUGCGGUUGCAUUGCCAUACCAGCUCUGAAGUCUAUUGUUAGUGCUCUGGAGAGGUGUAGCAUGUAUCCACAGGGUAGACAUUAUGAGAGUUGACAUGGUUUAUGUGUUUUAUCUAAUCUUGACAUGGAAUCCAAAAUAAUUAUUUUAGAGGCAUUUCCCUCAUUAGCACAAAUGGCACAGUGAACAGUGUCGGGGAAUGGGUAUUGUUGAACUACCUUUUCAAAAUACAGGGCCCAAUUUUCAAAAGUUUUAUAUUUAUUAAAAUUUGUUGGUACAUUUUCAUCUUUCUCAUGCUAAAUCAGUUUUAAAGCUUUUUUUGUUUGUUUUCAAUUAUCAUUUCUGUGUUUUCCUCUUGUACUGCUCAUGCUCUAGGCACCAUCUUUUAAAAAAAGUUCCAUAAAAAUUUGGAAAACAGAUUUUAAAUUAUUUACCUAUAAAAUGAUGAUAUACAGCAUUACUGCCUUUAGUUCAAAAAUAAGAAAACAGAUAAUGUUCUGUCAUUCAGGAAUGUAUAGGUCUAUAUAAAAAUAUAAUUUAAAGUGAGGUAUUUUUAAAUACCAGGAACACUUCUUUUGUUCACCUUGUUUUCUGUAGGACAAAUGAUCUGCUAUCUUUGUCAUUCUCACUAACUGACAUCUGCACCGUUUAGAAAAAAUUUUAUAUUAGCAAUGCACUGCUAUCCAAUUUAAUGCAGAAUGUUUUUACAAAAUGAAAACAACCAUUGAUAGCCAUAAAAGUGCUGAUGAAAAAUAGAUUUAUUAGUAAUAUAACUAUACAACAAUAAUUUUUUAGUUUAAAACAUUCAUUUGAGAGAGCAGUAUGAAUUUCUGAAAAUUGGGCCCUUGUCUCUAACAGGACAUCCUCUUUGUAUAUGGUUUAAAACAAAUCAAUAAAUGGAAUUAUAGUAUCUCUGCUAAUUUGUUUGGUGAUUUGAGACAAACAAAUAAUAAAAACUGGAAUAGAAGCAUAAACACAGUGCUUAGUUCUAGUAUUAGAAAAUUAAUUUGAUAUAAUGCCUUGCAUUAACCCUUUGAGCAUUGUAAGUGACAUGAUGGGAACAAAGCUUUUUAGAUAAUUUAAUUAGUCCAUUGAGCAUAUACUUUGAAAUAGCUGAUAGUGUUGUAGAAUUUUUUAAAAUUAUGUUUAAAGUAAAUACUUGCAUACUAUACAGGAAUGGUUUUGUUAUAGGAGGCUCAAUAGGUGUAGGCAAAAUAUGCACUGCCAUUGACAUAUACUGUCUAAUAGAAAACAGUAUUUCAGCUCCCUUGUUUUCAUAAUUGCAUAAAUAUAUAAAGAAAAUCAAACAUGUUUCUACAUAUAUGAAGUUGUCUACUUUAAGAUGCCUUUAGAAGAUAAAGAUUUAGAAAAUGUAUUCAGACUAUUUUGAAAAUCUCCUGAGGUAGGUUAGUAUUGGAAUACUCUGGUACUGUAAAAGAGAAUCUUUAAGAUUAAAAGAAGGCUUAAUGAAGAAGAAUAAAUUUUGCAGAAUAUUUGAUAUGUUUGCAUUGAAAUUUUUGGCAGUGUUUUUGAUAAACAAGAACAAAAAGUGCACACUUAUGUUGAUACUCCUUUUAAAACUCAGUCACUGCAAUAAUGACUAGCUAAAAGAUGAAGUUAUUUUAUACAUCUUCAUCUACAGGGCUACAGUUUGGGUGGCCCUUAUUGAAUGUCAGAAUUUUAAAAGCAACCUAGAAAUUGCACAAGCCUUUUGCCAUUUAAAGAGCCCCUUUGUUCUUAUGAAUACUGCUUACAAAAGCGAGGGAGCAAGUGUAGUAGCAAGUAGAGAUUCUUUGAACUUACAGAUAGAAAUGCCACCCUACUAAGUGAGAGUACAAUACAUUUUCUUCUGGUUUCUUGCAAUAUCAAUCAGUCAGCAAACGCUAAGUGCAGCUGUACUUAUUUAAGUCUAGCUGAGGGCAAAAAAAAGGGUCUUAUUUUAAGUUAUUUAAUGGAAUUAUGUCACUAGUAUAGUGCAAGUAAGUUGUAAACAUUUUUAGUCAGUUAAUGCAAAUUCAUGCAUAAUUAACAUAAAUGCAAUACUCAAAGGGUUUUAAUUUAACAACUUUUUUUAUUCAUAAUUUACUGUAAAUGCUUCUGAGUUUGCAUGCCUUGAUCAUUGCUGCUAGUGAUUUUAUGUGCCAGUAGACCUGAGUUUGAUUUACCAGUUUAACUAAGAAAUAGUAAAAGCCACUUACAAAGUGACUGCCUAGUGUUUUUUGAAGUAAAAUAUGCCUUAGUUUGAAAGUGAUCAUUUUAACUCUUGUUUUAUUCUGAUUUUUUUUUCUUUUCCUGUUGAAAAAUUAAAUUAGCAUUUUGAGAUUGGAAGCCCUGAGUAGUUAAUUAUUUGGUAAGAACUGUUCUUAUAAAUUGCUCAUUAAGGCUAAAAUUCACUGUACAAAAGAAGGCCCGGAACAAGCCUAUGAGCAUCAAAUGAGCCUCACUUAAAUCUAAAUCAGGAAAAUGUUCUUUAUAUGUUCUCAAGCACUUUCUUGAUUAUGGUGCAAACAUGUUACAGGAGUUUUCAGUUCUGGAUGAAUUUUACUCUUAAAUAAUAAAUGUCUCUGUGAGAGGAAUUUAGGCUUCGGAGGAGCAACCUCGCAUGGAGUGGUAUUUACCAGGAACUCAGUUCAAUUGUUUUUGACUCACUGAUACCAGCAAGAGAUUUUUACACAAAGAAUACUUAAAUGGUUCCCCAAAUAAAGUUUCCUUCAAUACAAUAUUAAAGUGAUUGCCUUGUGUUUAAACAUGAAAUAUCCAUCUUAAAGUAACCCAAUUAAGCAAUUUAAAAUAUGCUAGGAAAAUAUCACUUUGUACCAAAGCAAGUUGCCCAUUUCCACUCAUCUUCACUGAAAAUUUGGAUUUACAGUUAAUAAUCAAUGAGGCUGUUAAACUUUGAGUGCCUUUCAAAAACUUAGAAAAUUGUGCCUGAGGUGGUAAACUUUAAUUAGGUUAAUUCUAGAGCUAUCAAUCAGUAAUUUUGUCAUCACUCAGGGCUUUCUUACCUUCUAGGAAACUUCUUUUGUUGCAUUUAUUUUAUACUGUAUUUUUUUUAAGUGCCAUCAUUUAAAUUUCACUUAGUAAGUGGCAGAUUACAUUAUUCAGUCCCACAGCACAGAAACAUCGUAACACUAGGACAUAUUCAAACUUUUAUUUUCCAGUUGACUGAAUAUAUUAUGUAAAUGAGGUAAGCAACUUUUUGUAGAUUGUAUGUGUGAGAUAAUGUAAUGUUCUUUUCCAGUUUUUGGACUACAGUUGAAUAUACUUUUUAAUUAUUUAAAGAAGACAUCUUUACAGAAUAACGUGAUGGUUUUUUUGUAUAAUGUAUUUGAUUUUGUAAAUAAGUAUUUCCUGAUGUGAUUUUUGUGAGAAAUGCUAAAUCUUUUAGUAUAUCAUGUCCUCUCAAAACUGGCAGGAGCUAAAUAAUAGUUUGUGGGCAAUUUGUAUUGUGUACUGUACAAUAACUGGGGAACUUUUAUAAUUAUAAAAAUAUAUAUUAACUUUUAGUGUGUUGUUUAAAAAAAUGACUGGAACAUACUAAAGACAGUAGGAUUUUUCUGAAUAUUUCAGACUUGAACUCAGGCUAGCUUUCUUGUGUUUUUCAAAACAAAAUUGUGUCUUGUCUUUUAAAAUCAAUAAAUUUGUUUUCUUGUUACAAA